CCCCAGGAUUCUGGAAUGUCCUCAUCUCUCUGCCAGGCAAGCUGGUAUUUUGAUUUCCUCAGGCCAGAGUUGGGGGAAGCUUUUCCAGCUCAGGGGCUGCCCUGCCCUGUGGACAGCCUUCUGGAGGCCACAUGCCAGUGGCACGCAGGUGCUGCGGAGGAUGGGGAUUCUGUCAGCAGGGACUCCGCCUCUGCUGGGGAAGGCGGGAAGGACUACCCAAUGUUCUAUGUCACAACCAUCCUGGAAAAGCCUUAUGUGAUGGCCAAAGGCGCAGAGCUCGAGGGCUACUGUAUCGACCUGCUGGAGAAGCUCUCCAAAAUGCUUCACUUCAAGUACAAAGUGGGCAUCGUCAAGGACGGGAGGUAUGGAGCGCUGAGUGCCGGAGGAAACUGGUCCGGGAUGAUCGGAGAGAUUGUGAGGAAGGAAGCUGACCUGGCGGUUGCUCCGUUGACCAUCACAUCGGUGAGAGAGGAUGUCGUUGACUUCACCCAACCUUUCCUGUACACAGGAAUCGGGAUCUUGCUUGAGAAGGACACGUCCCUUGAGGAGGCUUCCCUCUUCCAUUUCUUGACCCCCUUCAGCAAGGAGACCUGGUGUGGCAUCCUGGUGGCUUACCUGUUCUCUAGCCUUUGCUUGUUCCUCGCUGCCAGAAUGAGCCCUUGCGAAUGGGAUGGAAAUGAAGAGACCAGCUUCACGCUCAUGAACAGCCUGUGGUUUGGAGUGGGGGCGUUCACCUUGCAAGGUACCGUGCCCCAACCCAAGUCUCUCUCCGUACGGAUAAUUUCUGCCAUCUGGUGGCUGUUCAGCAUUGUGCUACUGACCGCGUACAUCGCUGGCUUCAGCUUUGUUUUGGAGUCUGGCUCUGAGCAGGUCUCCAUUCAGACCUUUGAAGACCUGGUGAAGCAGGGCCAUCUGGAGUUUGGGACCAUGGAAAGCUCUUCGACACUCCAGUAUUUCAAGAACUCCAAGAACCCGAUCCAGCAACUGGUCUACGAGUCCAUGAACAAGAAGAAGGACACCGCUUUCGCAAAGAGCUACCAGGAGGCAGUUCAGCGCGUGCUGGAUUCGAAUUAUGCUUUCAUCGGAGAGUCCAUCUCUCAAGACCUUGCUGUUGCUCAGCACUGCAACCUGAUCCGCUCUCCAGAGGUCAUAGGGGCAAGGGGGUUUGGCAUCGCCACACCAAAAGGAUCCCCCUGGACUAAUGAACUGUCCGUGGCCAUCUUGAAGCUUGGAGAAUCUGGCGAUCUCGACUACCUCAAGAGCAAGUGGUGGGAGAGCAGCUGCUCCGAUGAAGAUCACGACAAGUGGAGCCCGCUGAAGCCUCAAGCGCUGGGAGGGAUCUUCCUCUUCCUUGCCCUGGGCCUUGCCUUGGGAAUGGUCAUCGCUGUGGUUGAGCUAUCCAAAAAAAGCCGGCACACUGCAGAGCAGGAGAAGAAAUCUUGCUGCGCCGUGUUCACCAAGGAGCUGAGCCAACGCUUCCGGCCGAGAGAAGGGACGCCGCAAGAGAGCGCAGGGAAAUCGAAGCCAUGAGUUGACGUAGGAAAAGCAAAAGGCCAAACCUUAAUGAACUUCUUCUCCCCUUUU